UGCUGGUUUGCUGAUAGUAAGGCAGGUCAGGCAGAGGAAGGUACCGGGGAAAGGAAGAGUCGCCGCAGCAUGACAGCCGCGCCAGUGUGGACCGCUCCGCUGGUGGCUGCAGAGUCUUGAUGCCUUCUCAGCAGGACUUCAACAAUGGAUUGUAUUCAAGUUUGCACUUUUCUCUUGAUGCUGAUAUUAUCUAGAGAUAUCACAGCUGAAAAUCAAAACCCAGAUUCAGGAUUAGAAAUCUAUAAGAAGCUGUUUGAAGUGAAGCGCAAAGACCAGAUGAAUGCGCUAAAGAACCUCAUUGAACUCAACGAUGUCAACCAGCAGUACAAGAUCAUAGACAUCAUGCUCAAGGGCCUAUUCAAAGUACUUGAAGAUUCACGGGCAAUACUUAUCGCAGCAGACAUCCCGCCAGAUGGGCCUUUCCCUCAGGAUGAGAAGCUGAAGGAUGCAUAUUCCCAUGUGGUAGAGAACACAGCUUUUUUUGGUGAUGUAGUCCUGCGCUUUCCCAAGAUAGUACACCAUUACUUUGACCGCAACUCCAACUGGAACAACCUGAUCCGCUGGGGAAUUGGCUUUUGCAACCAGUCAGGUGUAUUUGAUCAAGGUGCCCACUCACAAGUACUAGGACUGAUGGCUCAGGAACUGGGAAUUAGUGAGAAAUCUCCAGACUACCGGAACCCCUUUAAAACAGACCAUUCUGAAUUUUUCCCCAGCGCAGACACAUUCCAGAAGGCUCUCCGGGAGGAAGAGAAGCGAAGAAAAAAAGAGGAGAAGCGCAAGGAGAUCCGCAAGGGCCCCCGCAUCUCACGCUCACAGUCUGAACUAUAAUGCUGCUUGCCUGUCUUUGCUGUUGUGCCCGUCCUGGCAGGAAUCAGAGCAGCCAAAAAAGGAACCUCCCAGCCCCUUUGAGACCUCAGGAAAAUGUUUGGAAAGUGGAUGACUUUGCUCGUCAGGUUUUGGAGGUUUCUUCUUUUAAACAGCUGUUUUGACAACUACUGAGUUCAGCCCUGAGACAUGCCCAGAUGAAGAGGAUGGUCUUUGAGCACAUGCUUCUUUGGUGGAAAAACUUUUCCUAGUAACAGGAAUUAUAGGUUUGUCAGAGACCAUUCCUAGUGUCUCUGUGCAUCUUUGUUCCCUGUGGCUUUACUGUCGGUAAUGCUAAAAAUGCUUUGGGGAGGGGUAUGGGAGCAAGGAAUUUUUUUUAAUGGUACAUGCCAUUUUUGGCAUUCAUAGCACAGAAUGUUGUGUAUUAUUAUGCAGUCAGGAGGGCAGUGUGACUUGUGUAGCUACACCAGAUGUUUCUCUGGAAAGCAAAUUUACCAGAAGGAGCUAAGAAUUCUGGUAGAAUUGCAGAUUUCUUGGGAAUUGUUAUUUACUGGUACUUUAUUAAAUUCUCAUCCUUUGAAUGUCAGAAAUGUAACAGGGAAACAUCAAAGAGGUGCUGCUUCUUCAAUGUCUGUCUUCAGAUUCCUCCUGGUUCUAUGAAAUCUCUUUCUUGCCAAAGCCUUCCUUGGCUGAUAGUCACAAGACUAUUAAACCAUAAACCUGAAAAGGAAAAGAAUGUUAAUUUAUCUUGAGAAACUGGGCAUCCUGCACAUGUUCAAGGGAACAAAGCACUGCGAUUAAGUGCUUAUAGCCUGUGGGUUUGUACAAGCUGGUUCAGUUGAUACUGAGUCUCAACACAGCCACUAGUACUCCCACCUUUUAAUAAACCAUAUUAUUGUCAGUGCACAAUAAAAAAAAAUCAUUGCCAAUUAUUUCAUUUCCCUUUCUUAUGGCAAAGGGAAGCUUGUGUCUCUGUAUGUGAGACACAAAGCAAAACAGAGAGCAUUGGCUAUUUUAAAUUGCUGGGAGAUUUCUUCCGUUGCUGUUGUUUAGUGGUUAAAGAAUGGACGCUACUCUUUCUCGACUGCUUGUUCGCUUCUUUCUACUAGAUUCCCUUCCCACUGUUUUUUGAUAGUUUUGAUGAGAUGGUGUUGGCCAUUAUUUUGAGUUGCUACAUGAAGAAAUACCAGCGUUCUAACAUAGCUGGGAUGGGGGUGGGGUGGGGCAGAAAGACUGAUAAUGUGAUGUUGACCCUUUUAAAGCUUUCCUUCUCUUCCUCCAGUGGUAAGAACCUUGCCACAGUGGCAUCUUUAUCACAUGAUCAGUGAAGAAUUUGGAAGGCAUCUCUUCACAAGUGUACUGCCUUAUUUCUCCACAGGAACAAGCUGCCUUUUCUCUCUUUGAUCUUUUUAAGCAUUCUGUGGAGGCUUGUACCUAGAGCCAAGAUUGUUUCAGACUCAAGUAUUCUUGUUGGUUUUACAGUAUAUGUCAGCUGGCAUUGUCAGGGUUCAUGGUCAAUGUUCUUCUUCCAAACCAUAUUUUAGUAAAUGUCGGACCACAUUAUGGUUUCACACACAGGCACAAAGUAGGCAUUCAGCACAGAACCACAGCACUUUUUGUGCGGUUUGGCACAAAAAGUAGCUUUUGUUCAGCAUUGGGAUUGAUUCAUACCAGCAGCUCUUGCUCUCACUGUCUCUGAAUAGCUCGAUGGAGUAUUGUAUUUCACCUAGUUAUGAUGUCUCCUUGAUGUUAUGAGAAGCAGUAGAACUUGGCAUGUUAAUUGCAUCAGUUAAUAAUGGUUUUGGAGUUUUUUUCAACCUUUGACUAAAUUUCACAGUUCUGCAGUGUGGCUUGUUCUUGCCUGUGGAAGAUUAUUUUAUGUGGGAGAGGAGGUUUUAUUUCUAGGGGACAUUGUAGUUAGAUUUGCUGCCUCCAGUCCGGUUUACAGUGCCAGGAAAUGAGAAGAUCUCUAUUUUCUAACCAGAGAACCAGUUAUGCUUGAUUUGUUCUCGUAUAUGUACUUAAAGAGAAAUAGGACCUUGCUUUUCUUGAAUAAAACUAAAGUUUGAAAGAA